CUCUCUCUCUCUCUCUUCUUCUCUUUUCUCCUUCCGUCUCUCUCUCUUAGCGCUGAAGAAGAAAAAGGAACAAAAGACGAGCAGAACCGAAACUCUGAACUUUCCCUUCUCACUGGGAGAUAGUAGGAAGAUAGUAGUAAAACCAAGAAAGAAAAAACCUUGUUUGUCUUAAAAGGAAAAAAAAUAUUUCUUUGUGUGUUAUUUUGUUUGGUUCACUUUCUUUCGCCAUUUCCUUUUUGCAUGUAGAUGCUCUUUGGUACCCCUAACUCGCCACUGCGACUCAUUUCAACUCAAUUUGCACUAGUAUAUCUUUGACUUUCUCAUGGCCAAUAACCCCAACGAGGCCCCCGCCGAUGAUUUCCUCGAGCAAAUCCUCGGACUCCCCAACUUCGCGCCAACUGAGGCGGGCUUGCCGGGACCCGACGGUGGCUUGGCUGGAACCGCUGCAGCGGCUGGAGCGCCGAUGUUGUUGCAGCUUAGCUCUGGUGAUGGCGCCGGACAUCUCGCUGCAAUCGGCGGCGGGGGAGGCGGCGCGUUUCACGGACAGGUUUUUCCGUUGGGGUUGAGCUUGGAGCAAGGAAAAGGCGGGUUUUUGAAGCCCCAGGAAGCUUCCGGUAGCGGCAAGCGCUUUCGUGACGAUGUCGUCGAUGGCAGAGUUUCUUCUGUAAAAAGCGUUUUCCAUGGCCAACCAAUGCAAGCAACUGUUGCUGCAGCACCACAUCCACCAUCAAUGCGUCCAAGGGUGCGGGCCAGACGAGGACAGGCCACGGAUCCUCACAGCAUUGCUGAACGGUUGCGCAGAGAGAGAAUUGCUGAAAGAAUCAGAGCAUUGCAGGAACUUGUUCCUAGUGUUAAUAAGACUGACAGAGCAGCCAUGCUUGACGAAAUUGUAGAUUAUGUGAAGUUCCUGAGGCUCCAAGUUAAGGUCUUGAGCAUGAGUAGGUUGGGCGGAGCUGGUGCGGUGGCACCACUUGUAACGGACAUCCCACUAUCAUCAGUUGAGGAUGAAAGCGGUGAGGGUGGCAGAAACCAACCGGCAUGGGAGAAGUGGUCAAAUGAUGGAACAGAGCGACAGGUAGCUAAGCUCAUGGAAGAAAAUGUUGGAGCUGCCAUGCAAUUCCUUCAAUCAAAGGCGCUUUGCAUCAUGCCUAUUUCACUGGCCACGGCAAUUUACCACACACAACCACCAGAUACCUCCCCUAUUGUUAAGCCGGAAGCAAAUCCUCCUGCAUAGGCCUGAGAAAAAAGGGUACGCAUCCCACAGGCCAUCCUGGGUCCCGCACUUUAUUUGUCCUAUUCUAACCCCCCACGAAAUAAGUUGUUUGCUGGCUUCAAAUUGCAAUCAAAGUCAGAUGCCAUGGCUCUUGCUUUUUGCCUUUCUUUCCAGCUUUCCUUUUUUUUUUUUUCUUUCUUUCUUUCUUUUGUUCAAAACAGGGUUUGAUGUCAAUGCCUAAAAAAUUAGAGGCAGGCCCUUGAUGUCUUGACAAGUUCAAGUAAAGGAGAAGGAUUGUCAAAGCUCACUUGAUAUGCUCUUCCUUUUUGCAUCAAAGGUGGGGGUGGUGGACAAUGAUGGAAGCACUUUUGUAGUGGGGCUCUGAUUUUUGGUUUAGUGGGUUGUGGGACCUGCAAAAAGAGAUAGAUGGGUAUAUAUAAAUUAUUAUAUAUAUAUAUAUAUUAUUGUAACAGUGUAUUUUCAGAGGAAAGGAAUGCAGAAGUAGAAUGGAUAAUGGUUGGCUAUUCCAUAAUGCUUGUUGUUAUAGUCCAACUGAUACUUGAUAGUGCUUA